GGAAUUGUUAAACCUUUAUCAGAAAGCGCGAAACAAUUAUAAAUGGGUUUAAUGUAAAAUGUUGAUUUUUGUGUUGAAGUUGGAGAAAAGGCGUAAAAAAAUAUAUGAUAGAAACAAUGUUAAAUUAGAUAUUGUAAGUAACAUACCAAUAAUCUCAGCAAUUUUAAACACCUUAAAGAAAUGCAAAAUAUGGAUGUUUUAAAAAAUAUUAGUACUGCUCUGUGAUCUUAACCAAAUACAAGAGUUAAAGCUUAGUUGGAAGAAGAGUUUGAAAAGAUUAGGAUAUAUAGGUAGAAAGCAUAUAAAUGGGCGUGAUUGA